CUCUCCUCCUCUCCUCCUCUCCUCGCCCUGUCACUCGGCUGUUUGCUCGCUGUCUGUCGGUGUGUGCGUGUGUAUGUGUGCGUGUGUGUGUUAGCUAGCUGUUAGCUACUCGUCACAAUCAGCCGCAGGAGCGACGCGACCAUGGCGGACACAGCCAGGGACCCUCCACCGGAGCACACCGACUUCCAUGAGCUGGAGGACGGGGAGGACCUGUUCCCGGAGCCGGCCGCCACACUGGAGUCAGGACCAGCCAGUCUACCAACUGAGGACAUCAGCACCAACUCAAAUGGACCCAAACAGGAUUCACUGUUCGAUGACGAUCCAGAGGACCUGUUCGCAGAGGCCACAGAGGAGGUUUCGUUGGACAGCCCAGAGAGAGACGUCCUGCUGUCUGACGGCCCGUCGCCUGCCAUCACCCCCAUCACUCCUCCCACCUCCGUCAUCACCCCUCGCAUUGGCCUCCCCCACGACGACAUGUUCACACACUCCUCCUUCGAUGAGAUUGAAGAGGAGGAGGCCUGCGAUUCAUUUGACAUGCACAUAUCGGUGUCUGACCCUGAGAAAGUGGGUGAUGGGAUGAAUGCGUACAUGGCCUACAAAGUGACGAUCAAGACCAGCAUGUCUCUGUUCAAGAGCAAUGACUUCUCAGUAAAAAGGCGUUUCAGUGAUUUUCUGGGUCUGCACAGUAAACUGGCCUCCAAGUACCUGCACGUAGGCUACAUCGUCCCCCCCGCACCAGAGAAAAGCAUUGUGGGGAUGACCAAGGUGAAGGUGGGGAAGGAGGACCAGUCGUCCAACGAGUUUGUGGAGAAGAGGAGGUCGGCACUGGAGAGGUAUCUGAUGAGAACAGUGAAGCAUCCCAUCCUGCUGAAGGAUCCUGACGUCCUGCAGUUUCUGGAGAGUUCAGAGUUGCCGCGGGCAGUCAGCACUCAGGCUCUGAGCAGCGCCGGACUCCUCCGAAUGGUCAACAAGGCCGCAGACGCCGUCAACAAGAUGACCAUCAAGAUGAACGAGUCGGACGCUUGGUUUGAGGAGAAGCAGCAGCAUUUUGAGAAUCUGGACGUUCAGCUGAGGAAACUUCACGCCAGCGUGGAGUCUCUGGUCUGUCACAGGAAAGAGCUGUCCGUGAACACGGCGCAGUUCGCCAAGUCGGCGGCCAUGUUGGGGAACAGCGAGGACCACACGGCUCUGUCCCGAGCUCUGUCCCAGCUGGCCGAGGUGGAGGAGAAGAUCGACCAGCUGCACCAGGACCAGGCCAACGCAGACUUCUACCUCUUCUCCGAGUUACUGGGCGACUAUGUGCGCCUCAUCACCGCCGUCAAGGGUGUGUUUGACCACCGUAUGAAGACGUGGCAGAAGUGGCAGGACAGUCAGAUGCUGCUGCAGAAGAAACGAGAAGCUGAAGCCAAACUGCAGUUCAACAACAAACCGGACAAACUGCAGCAGGCCAAAGACGAGAUCAAAGAGCUGGAGGGGAAGGUCCAGCAGGGUGAGAGAGACUUUGAACAAAUCUCCAAAACCAUACGCAAAGAAGUCAGCAGGUUCGAGAAAGAGAGAGUGAAGGACUUUAAAACGAUCAUUAUCAAAUAUCUGGAGUCACUGGUUCAGACACAACAGCAGCUGAUAAAAUACUGGGAGGCCUUCUUACCCGAGGCCAAGGCCAUCUCAUAGAGUCCACACACACACAACAGACAGUCCUGACUGGCUCCGGUCAAACUACACUACCCAUAAUGCACCAGUCCUCCCAGCUCACCCUGCUCCACCUGUUUAUGCCCAGAGUGAUGAAGACAAGUGAAGGCAGCCAAUCAGCUCCAAGGGACUUUUCUGCAGUAAAAAAAACAUCAGCAAGAAAACUCUUAACUUUACACUUCGUCUUCUUUUACUCCUCUUUUUUUGUCUCUGCUGAACUCGUGUUGCGUUCAUGUCCCACCACAGUAAUUGUUCUCCUGAUCGAUGCUUUUACACUAACGCUGUAAUGCUAACAACAGUUUUGCACUCCUCGUACUUUUUCCUUCUUCAUAUUGUCAGAAUUCAAAAUUCAAAAGUGAGAAAAUAAACUUCCUGCGUUGGAUUUUUUUAUAAACAUGAAAGUCAGAAGCUCAUAAUCCCGUACGACAUGAACGCAGCAUUAGUCAUGACCCUGGUGAUGGCUUUCCUCUCCAAACAGAUUCACACAUGGUGCCAGUUUUUACAACUUUGAGCACUUUGUUUGUUUAUUUUUGCCACCAGACACAAAGGGAACGGGCGAGCGUGGUCGUGGGCGGAGGAAUCUCACUCUGAAUUUGUAUUUGAGUUUAUUUGUAAGGAAAACCUCGAUGCUCCGCAGCAACAACAGAUAGGUAAAGGAAAUGAUGUUUAUUUCCCUCCAUCAGUUUGGUCUUCGUGUGCAUGGAAGCACAUUCUCGCCAUAAAAUUUAAAAAGAUGAUGAAAGUCAAAGCAAAUUCAGAAAAUCUUGAAAGUGAACUAAAAUUUUCCCUGCCAUGUCCCGCCCAGCAACAAAACCAUGAAGCUAUUCUAUUGGACGUCUUUUACUGUGAUCUCUGGGAAUUGUAGUUGACUUCUCUCCUAACGCAAUCUUGAAACUUUUGCUUUUUUUUUUUUUUCUCUGAUGGAGCAGAUUUUCUCUCUGCUCAGUGUCUGUGUUUGAAACCAGGAAUGUGAAGAUGUUACUGCAGGACGCCUGCAACCACCUGUCCAAUUUUAUCCAUAAAUAACAUUUCGGCAUCAUGGGACUUUUAUCCAUCACUUUCAGAAGUUAUGCUAACAGUGCUAACAGCUUUUUGUUACAGCAGGUAACCAUGGGAACCACUAAACUCCACUAAAACCCCCAAAACCAACCUUGACGUCUGAAUAUCUGCAGUUUUAUUUUGAAGUUUGGAACGUGAGCUGUGAAACUGAUCUGGAGUCAGUGAUGAAGGACGACUGACUGCAUCCUGUUGUUAUUUUGUGUCCUGUAUUUCCUGUCACCUGUCCGAUCCCCUCACUUCCUCCGUCACUUGCAUUUCAAAACAAGAGUCUUUGUUUUUGUUGCUGUAUGAUCGCAAGUGAAGGCAACGCUUUCUGGUUUCUGACCUCUCUGAGUCAACGAGAGCCGAGAAGGAAGAAUCUCACUUUGUGGUUCAUUUCACUGCUGCUGUUUCCUGAACAUUUCCAAACUUGGAAAGUUAGAUUUUCGCUCGAUAGAAUCACUUUGACUUUACUCUGAGUUUAUUCGACACAUUCUCACUCCCGGCUCGUCAGAUACCAACACUUGGUCAGUGGCCCGUCACGUCAGAGUAUGACACACUAAGUACACCUCCUGCGUCAGUUUUGGACAUUCAGGGAAGGCGUGUCAAUUGACGCCUGUUAUGUGCAUCGUCUCUUUUCAAAAUAAACUUCUGUUUACAAAGAAAAUGCAGUUUCUGCUCACUGCAUGCAUGCAGUCGCUUUCAAAAUAAAUCAAGAACGUUGGUAAAAAAACGUCAUAUUUUUAGAUUUACUUUGUUACGUUCAGGCAGCAAAAGCAUGCAAUUUAGCUCAUUAAAUAAAUUAGUUUGUUGUUCACCUCUUCCACCAAAAUUAUCUCCUGUACGUGUUUUUUUUUUUUUUUUAAACAGAAAAAACCCGCUAAAAUAGGCUAAAAAUGACUUCAUUUUAUUUAUCCCUUAUUCAGUCUGUCUUCCAAGCUUGGUGCAGACUCAUUUGGAACGUUUGAGCGCCGCUUGGGCGGAGACAGAUGUUAUUUUGUGGUGCUGCGUCGCUGCAUCUCGCCGAUUAAGGGGCUAAAAGUACCACGUUCACCUGUAUGUUGUGUUUCCAUCAAUGCCAGUCGGAGCCGAUCAACACCUGUGACUACUGCAGAGUCCUUUGUAGCCUUAGUCAUUCAAAAGCCAGAUGAUAGCCGGUGUUAGCGGGUUUUUUAUGCCGUGGAGAAGAGGAUUACUAACCUAAUGUAACAUCACAUGAUAUACGUCACUAGCAUAGCAUGGUGCACAAACUAACACACUAUGUUGUUCUUAAAUAACUGGACUGACUUUUGGUCUCACACUGGACUCAUCCAGCUCCUCUCCUCCCUGCCUUAUGCUCACUGUCUCGCUAUUUAUGCUGCGUGAGUUUCCUGGAGUGUCAGUAUGAGCCACCGUCUCGUACCGCAGCUAAAGUGUGCCUCUGUUCGACAGUGUCUAACGCUGAUGGGCCACUGACCAAAUGUCGCUAUGUCUGUGGCAUCAUUGAAGAUAUUUCCCACAGUGUCCAAAGGGAGCAAAGUUUCUCUGCUGCAGUACUCCUGACGUCAUCAGACCUAAACCAGAGGGUACAAGAGUAAAUUAACCUCUGUGAUGUCAUAUUAGAUCACAUGUUCAAUCAUAAACCCGCAGUGUGAGCAGAACCACAGUGUGUUCCUUCCUCUUCCUCGACAUCCUCAGAGAGGAAGACUUUGAUGUUUUGAUAUUUUGGUUUCAUUCAAUUUAACAGGAAAUGAAAAACAAGCUUGUUAGCAUCUUUAGCAUUUUUAGCUUCAGCAGCUCGUGUUGCUAACAAGCUGUGUUCACUGCAGAUGAGGGAUGUCUUGUUGAAGGAGGCUAAACUGAACGCAGAGUUCAGAGUGUUUCAGGUGUGGAGGAAGUGAGCGGCUGUCAGGUGACAGAGUGUGUGUCCGUCCGUCCGUCCGGAGAGCAGCCUCGGACUGUCUCUCUUCCUGUUGAUCAGCGUGAGGGCUGCUACUUUACAGAAUCUGUUCUUGAUUUUAUUUUGCUGACUUUAAAGCACACUAUUGUCAGAAUAAAAUCCGACAUCCUGAAUCUAUCAGAGAAAAUAAAUCUGACAUCUUAUUAGAUAAAUGUAGAAAUGAAAACUGGAAUUUUUUUCUUCUUCUUCUCAGUCCGUAUCUCCACUGCUCCUCAAUCUUAAAUCAUAUAACACUGUGUUGAUUGCUACCUUUUUGUAUUUUAUUCCAUGUUUUAUUCCAGAUUUAUUUUGCCGCCUAAUGACGUGCAAUGGUUGAAAACUUUCAGUUGAUUUUAUUAUUAUUAUUUUUUUUUUGGUCGUUAUUUUCACAGAUGAUGAAAUUCUUUAUCUGAGCAGAUUUUUUUAAACUUUAUGUUUUGACGUGACAUUCCUGCAGCGCGGCAGAGCAGACGUUUAAAAACUUUAAUUACAAUAAAGGAAUG